GGUGGUGAGUUUCCUCCUAAACCUCAACAUAACAUACCCUGUGUAUGCGCUCCUGGUAAUGGCCUUGAAGGAAACAGCCCCACCAAUCACACAUGCACUCCAUGCGCAAUUGGAGAGUAUGGAUCAGGGGGGGAAAUCAUCAAUAAUUGGAGGGAUUGGACUGGAAACGGCACCAUACCUCCUGAAGGAUCAGGUCUUAUUACAUAUUGUGACAUUUCACACUAUUAUGUCAAAAGUUGUGAGGCAUGGAAAGCAAGUGGUAAGCAAGGAUAAUAUUAUUUUUAAAAAUUGAUGCAAUAUGUUAAGAAUGAGGGCGAGUGCUUCUUCAUAGGGUUCCGCAAACACCGAAAAACAGAUGAAGCCCCAAGGUCAUAGGUUAAUAUGCCUUCAUCUCUCUCGAGCUGUUUGGAACCCAUAUUAUAAAGUGCAAAGCCCGAGUUUUUGACAUAUGUCUUAUUAAAUGAAACAAUAAGAAAUUAUGCAGUGACAUGUUUUUUUCUGGUAUGUAAUUGCAUUGUUUCCAUAUAAGUUGUGUUAAUCAAUAAAACAUCUCAUUAAAAUGCAAGUGUUUGAUCUCCAGUAAAAAACGUGUUUCAUAUCAGAUGAAAACCUGGUGGUGACGUUUUAUGUGGUGUUUCAUUAGGUAUCAAGGUUGCCUGCGUGCAGACGUCUCCUAUUUCCUUUGUUGCACGCGGAAAAGGGACGUCUGCGUAACGCCGUCGCUAAUCGUGUUCCAGCGUCCUGCUGGGUUCCCAAGAUCUUGGGAACACGCUGUGAUAGGCUGACACAGUGCGCAUUGUUUGACUUAAUGCUGAUUGGUUGUUAUUGAAUGUGGUCUGAUAAUGUAUGCGGUGAUUUAAAUGAUUUAUGUAAGCGGGGUUUUCUAACCAAAACAAAUCAAAACAUGUGCGAUUGUGUGCUGUGUUUUUCGUCGAUCGAAAAGCAGAGCGAUCGAAAUCUCGUGCGGGGACGCGGCAAAUUUAACGUGUACGAGGAAAUUAUUUCUUUACAAUUUACUGUGCAUGACACAUCACAUCAUAUUUGUAAACAGUGUCUGAGAAAACUACAAAAGCGGCGUGGACUUCGCACCAGGUAGGCAUUUCGGAGAAAGCCAGCCAAAGAAACUAAAAUCUUUAUUUAGCCGUAACAAACAGAGGUCAAGAAAAUUUAAACACUUUACAACUGCAUCUGAAAUCAAAUCCUAUCGGGAACACCCACAGAAGCAUAAACCACAGGAAAUGAUUACUCAGUAUGCAUGUAACAAACCUGCUUCAUGACCUCUAAAUGGAAGACUUGAAUGAGAUUUACUCAGUCAAAGGUUAGAAUGCUACAUGCACUGUGUAGUGCUAAUAAUCUUCGCGCGAGAGAGAAAAGAAGAAAAACCUCUGUUCAAGCAGACUCUCAAGGUCACGUUUCGCCCGUAUCACGAGCUUAUGAUGUUUUGUUUGGCCUGUCAACUCUUAUUUCUAACCGGAUAUUAUUUCACAAUUUAUGCGAAAUAGAAUACCCUGCCAGCGGGACGCUGGAACACGAUUAGCGACGGCGUUACGCAGACGUCCCUUUUCCGCGUGCAACAAAGGAAAUAGGAGACGUCUGCACGCAGGCAAGUAUCAAGGUUCAUCUGUCGUACCCAAAUGGACGUCAUCUAUUGGCUUUUGACUGCAAGAAUAGGCCUUAUCACGGUUUUGACGAGUAGGCAACCGUGUGAGAAAUUACAGUGUUUGUAUGAGAAUCUAAUGUGCAAAAAUUUCCGUAAAACGGCUGUUCUGAAAAAAAUAUGAAUUGUAAACUAAAUUUUCACUCCUAAUGAUUCUUCUGAAAAAAUUUGAGGUCGUUACAUGCAGCUAUAUACGUUAGAACCACUUUUUAAAAUUUUCUAUACAUUUGCCUGUAAACAUUUCCCAGGAAAAAAUUGCAGAAUGUGGAAAAUCUGAAGCAAGCGUCUGGAGAAAUUUAAGCACAGUAACGGCCCCCAAAAUUUGAUAGUAAAAUCCUUUGCUGUGUAGCUUUAUUUUACAGUUCAUAUUUUUUUCAGAACAGCUGUUUUACUGAAAUUAUUCGACAUUAGAUUCUCAUACAAGCACUGUAAUUUAUCAGGUGGUUGCCUACUCGUCAAGAUGGUGUCAAAAACCGUGAUAAGACCUAUUAUUCAUGAGUUUAAUGAGAACUUGCUAGUUUCCUGUCUGAUCUACGGCCCUCCCAAUCUCAGUAAAAAAUAAUAACAAUUAUUGAACGAGGUUGAACAAAAUAUACAGUCGACUCUUGAUAACUCGAACCUACAAGGGAAAUCGAAAAAAGGUUCGAGUUAUCAGGAGUUCAAGUUACCGGGAGUUCAAAGAAAAUAACCGAGAGUAGGGUAAAAAACAGUUUUUACUGCACAGUGAACAUUUUAAUCACAUUUAAUUAUAGAAAUGUCAAGUUAAAAUUAAAAGAUACUUUUAGAUUAUAAAUCAGAAUGUAACGUAACAAAACAUAGCCUAUGCUAGCGUUCUGUUGAUUUAGUCCACAGAAUUUUGGCUUUUUGAAGGAUAGAGAUGUUUACUUUGAUGUUGCUGAAGUUGUCCUCUUUUAUGUCUUUAGCAUUUUGUGCUAAUAAAAGUUGUUGUCUUUAACUUAAACAACAUAAUCUGCUUAAUACAGACACACCGUUAAUACAGAUGCUUUCUAUGGACCCUUCAGUGUCCAUACUUAUGGGUUUAAUGAGUCUGUAAAAAUCUCUCAGGGAAGUACUUUAUAAACACCAUAUUACUAUGCCUUUAUUAUUUUAUCUUUUAUUUAUUUCCUUUUUUGUUUGUUUGUUUAUAAGCAAUUCCAUUUUUUAUUGAUUUACAUAGCUGAUAACUACACACUUGAAUCUGGUGACAAUCGUGGGUCAAGAUGGUACUGCCUGGUUUCUGUAUUACUGAUGACCAGGAAGUUUGUCCUGACUAACAACAGUGUUAGUUUUGACUAUCAUGUAGACAGCCAAGACUGCAGACCUGAAGUCUUUGGCGGAUGCGAUGGUCUAGGUUUCUUUAUUGAUGGUCAGCAAGUACUACAAUACCAAGGAAACCAGUUUCACUGGGUUACAAAGACUUAUAAUCUAAAGAAGGUAAGGUUGAAUCAAACUUUGCCUGCUGAUAGCAUUAUGCUUCAUAAAACAGAGUUGUUACAGCUGGGCUCGAAAUAAUUCACAUUGGCCAUUCAUGUUGACCAGCCCAACAAAUUUUGGCCAUUUUGUUUGUUUGUGACUGGUCAAAAUGUAUAGAAAAUACAUAUUUCAAAGUUAAAUAGUCAAGCAAUUAAAGUAAAAAAUAUCCCCUUGUAAGCUCACAAAUUUGAAAAUAGGAAAUCUACAUUGUAUGGGGCAACAUAUAACUCACAGGAACCUUAAUGAAAAAAAGGAAUAAAUUAUAUUGAAUAUUAUUAGAAGAACAAGAAAACAUGCAAUCUUGUUAAUGCCACCCCUCAGUACCACAGGGUGUCCAAAAAACAAGACAUACCACCCUCAGUACCACAGGAUACCCAAGAACCACUGAAUGCCACCCUCUCACUACCACAGAAUGCUCAGGAUUAGCAUUUGCCCUCUUCUAACAUCAACAAUUAGCAUGACUUCUUUUUUGUUUGUGUAGAUAUGAAAAUGUGCUUGUGAAGGAAAUCAAAAUAUACUUGUGAAGCAAAAUAGACCUGUCUUGAACAGCAAACAUCAUUUUGACAAAAAUCAUCUGUAAGUUUGAUGUUUGUGUAGGUAGCCAAGCUCUUCAAAUGCUAAAAUUCAUACUUGUAUUCUAGGGUUCCCAUACACUGAAGUGGGUUUUUCGUAAGGGUUGUUAUAGUUAUGGAUAUUCCUUCUUAGACAAGGCUUUCAUCCGUUCUAUAACCUUGGUAAGUCACACAAUUUAUAAUGGUAAUAGAACUAAGCGGAGUUAAAUUUUGGUCUGUUGUAAUCAUCAUCUCUAGGGGCAGGCACAUAUCCAAACCAACUUUCACCAUUUUAUGGAAAACUGUCAGAUAUAUUUGACAAGAGGAAAUGAAACUCUUGAUAAGAGAAUUUUUUAGGAGAUUUAUUCCAGACCUGGUUGUGCUUGCAGUUUAGUAAUAUUUAAAUUAAAAAAAUAGUCAAAUCGGUCAGGGUUGAAAUUUAGAAUCCAUGGCAAUUUGAGACAGAAAUAAUGGCAACUUUUUGGCUAUUAUAAGAGACUUUGGUGUUGGAUUAAUAUUAGCAAUGUGACUUCUGAUAAUUAACUACGUACGGUCAACUCCCUUUACUGCGGACACUGUAUGGACCUCGAGUUAGUGUCCUGUCCGUAUUAUCGGUAGGCAAGAGUUGACUGUAAUAGAUGUUAAUUGAUUUGCCAAAUUCCACACACCUCUGUUAAUUUUCACCCAAGUGUGUCAACUAUCAAAGGUUCAAAAAUAAAAGUAAGGAUAUUACAGUACGUUUCUCCUUCAUUAAAAAGUAUUUGUUUAAUUUAUGUAAUUAAAAAGACUGUGUAUUCUUUAGGUUGGCACAGAUGAACCAAACGUGAAAUGCAAACAUUGUCCACCAGGUUACUUUGGUAAUCAAGAAGGUGCUUCAGAAUGCACUGCGUGUUCAUAUUUUCAGUUUCAGGCGAAAGAAGGUUGGUGCAUUAUUUAACACAUAAUAGACCUUUGUCAAAAUGUUGUACAGAGGCCCUGCCCUGCCAGGGGGGGGGGGUCCCAUGUCGCCCGUCUGAAUUUUAAAACGUCUCAUGUCGGUGUUUAUUCUUGCGGAGCGAGUUUAUAAUUUUGCCACGCAUGCAAAGCGCGUGGAUCACGCGAGGAUCACAAGCGAACUACGAUUUCGCUUUGGUCAUAAAUCUUUCUAUCGGUUUGGUAUCUGCAGUUGCCUAGCAACAAGCCAUAAACAAAUCCUAAAGACGCCAUUCAACAUGACGUCAUCAUGCAUUUUGGGUUUCCAGGCAACACAUCCAGUGACUUGGGCUCAUUUUAUUCAUCAUCUUUUUAUUGUACGUUGGCAAAUCGCAAAAUAUUUCUGAGGCAAAUAACCGCAGGCUGAAAACACAACAGUGCCCGAUUGGACAAGUGGCUGGACAUCCUUGCCAUGGAAGGUUUAACACCGAAAGAAAGGUGACCUGAACUUCAGCAAAAGCAGCGAAGAAGAAGACCAGUCCGUUAAUCGAGUGGCCUAUAUAAAGCCCAAAAGUGAAUAAACAUGGCGAUAAGGCAAAAUGGUUUGGAAAUUGUCGUUUGAGCUAUUUUUCCUCAAAUGUAUAUUUGAAUUCAUGAUAGAUACAGCUCCAUAAGGUUCAAACAGUGUGAAUGGCAGAGAAAGAUCCUUCAAGACUAUUAAUUUUCAAAAACAAUCGGUGCUGGGGUCGCAUGGCCCAGUGGUAAGAGGCCCGCACUUAUUUCGCUGGAGGAAGGUGGGGUGCAGGUUCAAAUCCCGGCUUGGCUACUUCCAGCUUUUUUAACCCUUUGGGCUUUUUACGGUUUAUUCUCACUGUUGACCCUGUUAGCUUCACGAGAUUUUUGUGAAAACGUAUUUCUAGUAAAUGCUUGUCGCUUAUUGUCCGCUUUGCCGUCACUGUCGCAAUUUGGCCGAGGGAGGUUGUCUCUUGUCGCGAUUUCAUUUUACGCGCUGUUGCCACUUUUUGGGCCAUGUCGCUUUUCGGAAUUUACCCUGGCAGGGCCUCAUGUACAGAAAUCCCCCCUCUCAGCUAUUCCGGCUUUCAAUUCACAAUCAUCAUGAAAGGUAGAUGAGACUGAUUAAGACCGAUCUAUAAUUCCUUCAAGCUCUAGAGGUCAAUAUUAUUAUUUUUAUUAUAGAAGCCAGCUAAUUCAUGACAGUUGAUAUACAUUUGUAACUAUGAGUAAUGCAUCAAAGCAAAUGAAAUUUGUCUUAUCUGGUACAUCUGCUGCAUUGUGAGUUCCUAGACUGAACGUAAUUUCUCAGAAUUUGUGGCAGCCUAUCAGAAUUGAAAAGGACUGAUUAUAAUGUUAAAAUACCCUUUCUUUUGUUGCAAUAAACUUGCAUAGCUAUUGGCCAUGUGAGUGAAAAUGCUUCAUAGUUCCUUCAGUAUUUAAGUAGGUGAUAAAUUGUCAAUCAAUAACUUUCUCAACUGUCGCUGGUUUUUGUGGUGAGUGUGCUCAAUUAUUUUGCCUUGUUAAGGUCUGUUUUUGUUUGAUUGAUUUUUCUGAAGAAAGAACUUGUAUCUGAUAAGAGCUCAUUUUUUGAAUAUGUGCAUGUUUUCAGGUCAGACGAAAUGCGACCCUUGUCCAACAAACACCUUUGCCAUGAUGGGUGCCUCAAAGUGUAUCCCGUUACCUAAUUGCACAAAGGAUGACAUCAUUAGCGCCCCUGGAAACUUGAGUACAUGUUCCUGUAACAAUACUGGUGUGUGUACAACCACAGUACAAGAAAAGUUUGUCACCGUUACCUUAAAAGGUGAGUCAACUUACUGUAAAUCCUCUAUUAAGCCCCCCCUCCAAGGGCUUAUUUAUUUCAAGCCCAUUUGAGGGGGGGCUUUAUAGAGACGGGGGGCUUAUUUAAUUUAGAAUUUAUGAUGGUAUCAGUUGUCCUUAAAGAACUAGAAUACAAAUUGGAUAAGCUUAAGAACAAGAAGUUUUAGGUUAUGCAGCCGAGGAUGAGAAUUUACAGUCGUGAUUGAUUUAUACAGUCUUAGUAAAAAAUAAUUAGGGGAGGGGAUGGGGGCUUAAUAGAGAGAAGGGCUCAUUAACUUUUGCCCCCUAAAAAGUGGGGGUACUAGAGGGAGGAGAGUUAUUUGAGAGGGAGGGCUUAAUAGAGGAUUUAGGGUAAUACACAAAUUUUUUUUUUUUUAAUUGUUGAUACAGAUGGCAGCCUGAGAAAGCCACCACUGGUUUUGUGGCAAAGUGAUGUCUGAGAAACGAGUGCACAAAUUCUACACUGAUGAUGCGUCACUACCCAGAUCUGGGUAAUGCUUUUGUUUGGUUGAAGCAAAUUUCCCUUGCGGAACGACCCAUUAGAAGCACUACGGAGAUCUGGAUAGUGAUGUGUCAUCAGUACAUAAUUUCUGCGCAUGUUUCUUAUACAUCAAUUCAUGGUGAAACCGGUGAUGGCAUCGCAGAAUGUUGGCUGUUUUCUCAGGCUGGAUGUGGCAUGGGCAAUUGAUUAGAGCACUAGACUUGUAAUCUGGAGACCACACUUUCAAGUCCUGCCCAGAUUGCUAGCUGACAUUGAUCUCAAUAGUUGCAAGUUCAAAUCCUUUCUGCCCUACUUAUAAUAAUAGCUAGCUGGUUUUCUAAAACAAUAUGAUGUAAGUAACAAUUCUUAGAGAAAUUAAAAAAUGCUUCAUGCUCAGCCUCGUGCGAAUAAAUUAUUUUCUCUAUCAUAGUUUAGGAUAGUUAUGAAGCCCGACAGACUUCUUUGUUUUAUGUUUUCGUUAGCUUUUUUAGAUUUGACCAUGCACAAUGUUCUAUAACAUUCCUAUCAUUUUGAACUUACUGACCAACAGAAACAUCGCAUUAAUUUAUUCAGUCACAGUUUGUGAACACGAAACAAAGGAUUGUACAUUGUCAGGGAGCUUCCAACAUAAACUGCAGCACUGUUGUUUUCAUCUUUGAUGGUUGCUGGCUUUUAUAACCAGUCUGCUCUACUAACUAUGUCUUCGUGUGUUAUUUUGAAAUGAUUGUUAGAACUGUUUCUGGGUGUUAAAGAGGGGGGGCAGAAUGGGACACUAGAAUACCGAGGGGAGGGCCCUUGAAGCAAAAAAUGGGAACCCAACCAAUAACCAUGCUAUAUUGUGCUGACUGGAUUUUUUAACCUGGUCAUGGAGAAGCUUGGGUUUCUCGACCAUGGAGGAAAAAAUUAAUACUGAUUUAAUGGAAACCGCAACAUACUGCAUGCCAUUUCCAGAGUACAGGGAAGGGAUAAAUUACCCUUUGACCAAUCCCUAAUUAAUAUUAUAAGCAGUCUGCCAUUUUUUCUGUAUAAAUGACUGCCACGAAGAGUGAUGGUGCCAUUACCACAUUUGUCACCUCCUAUUUGAAUUGGGCAGGAUCCUUUAUUUGUUAUCCUGCAAGCAAGCUCUCUGGGGGGGCUUUGGUGGUGGGGCAAGAAAGGAGAGCACCCCACCACCAGAACACCUCAGAGAGCUAGCGUGCUCGCGCUGACGCUAUUUAUCCGUACAGUAUGUGGUCCUUGGUCCGCGCAAGUCUGCGAUGCCCUUGGUCCGCACCUUUUCCGAAAAUGAUAAAAUAUUUCGUCGAGAAAAAAAAUACGUUGAAUAAUGAAAGAUAUCGUGAUUUACUGAUUAGCAUUCUUUCAUGUGACGAAGUUUCGGCUUUCUUGCUGCGGGUGAAGGCGCGAAAUUAAAGGUUGUUGACAGGUAGGUUAAUUUGUCUUUCUUGAAGUUUGGAUUUUUGCGGCACCGUAAAUUACAUGAACAUGUUUACUUAGCCUGCGAAUAAAUAAAACGCAACGGGAAGACAUGCCUUUUUGCAGAACAGGUUUUCAGAUCAACCUUUUUCUGCUGUUGGAAGCAUAUUGCUGUAGACUCUGAAUUUUUUGUUUUAUCGACUCUUGAAGAAUAUCACCAAAUUUCGCUUGGCGGUCCUUGGUCCGCGACCUAUGACCUGGUUGAAUAAAACUUCGCAAAAUAAAAAGCGAAGUCCUUUGUUUUCGAAGAAUGUUUUGAAAAUCGUCCCUAUACAUGUCUACAAGUUCUCUUUUUUAAUACCUCGAAUACAUGCAGAGUUUUUGGUAAUUAUUUUCGACCGCGCUGAAAGCCGCUCGCGACGCUCGUGUGGGAGACUCGAGGAGACUGUUGUCUGAAGUCUUUGAAAGAAGAGCAGAUUAUUUUAUACUCACAACAUCUUCCGAAAAAAACCUUUAACUUAAUUGCAUCAAGAAAAGAAAAAAAAUACAUGAAAUUUGUGAAAAUGACAUUUUCCUGUGGAAACUAUAACAUUUUUACGUUUUUUUCGUGCUGCUUACAUGAGACGCGGACCAAGGACCACCAAGGACCAUCGAAAACGGUCGCCUUUUUUCGAACUCCAAGCAAAAUAUUUAUGUCUGGAACUUGAAACUUCAGGAUUAUCGAGAAGAACGUAAAAGCUAUCUUCAGGGAGUAUUUCAGCUCGUUACGUGAAGAUUCGGGUAAGAUAUUCAAGUUAAUGACUUUUAGACGCAGACCAAGGACCACAUACUGUACUGUGUAUAUGGACGCAGUGUAUAUUAGAGUCUUUAUUAACAAAAUCUCUUGAAUUAUUAAAUAGAUGGAAAAGCACCAAAGAUUCUUUGCAACCGACAAAAUACUACGAUAACUCCUUCAUCGAAGAUAGUGCAGUGUCGUUGUCAACCUGGAUUUGAGAUUUUUCGAGGCAAGGAUGGACAAAUUCAGUGCAAACCGUGUUCAAAGGGGAGGUUUUCUACUGGUGUGAAAUGUGCUACAUGCAAAGUUGGUCAUGUAGCCUUUCCAGGCAAGCACUAUUUUUUGUGGAGGAAUGACACAUUACCAGAAGGUUUCUCUGCUUCUUGUUCCGGUGACUGUACUAUUGAGGUUUGUCAAAUAUUGAGAAGUUCUUUAAAAACUAUGUCGAUUGUUUUCAAGAUGGCGAGAAACACAGCUAGGUGCUCUCUUAACCCUUUUAGUCUCAAUUGUGACGAACAUCAAUUUUCUCCUAACAAUAUCCAUUUUUUGCCAAGAGAAAUAGUUAUGAGAGUUAAUAAAAUGAUCACUAAAGAGCAAAUCCUUUGAUCUGUUAUCAAACUCUCUCUUUUAAUUCUUGAAGGAAAUGUAUGGAGAUCAGUAUGGAGAAUUUAUAUGUGGAUACUGGGGCUUAAAGGGUUAAUGGACUAUAAGUAGUUCCUUAGGGAUAGUAGAGCGAGCAGAUGCACGAACGCGCGUGAAAAUCGCCACCCUCGAAGAAGGUCCUCCCUCCACGUGUCAUCCUCGCGGCUGGUCAUUUCUCACGCAUUCUCCUAUUUUGCUCGAACUACUAUUCCUCAGAAGAAUGAGGAAGAACUUGACUGUUAUAGGUAACUGUUAUGUCUCCUGAGCGUUCUUACUAGGGACCUUACAAAGCUACGACGGCCUUCACUUCCAACCUAAAUUCCCUUCUUUUAAGUAAUAGGGCGACUUGGGAUAAUCGCGAAAUAGUUUCAACGGAUGUAAAGUCUAUUUUUACGCGGCGUUUUCGUGGACGUCGCCGUUGUCGGGUCGUAAGGUCCCUACUGAAAGUUCUAAAUAACAAGUUUUGAAAAACUGUUAAGUAGACUUGUUUUUAAAAGACCCAAGUGCACUUGAUCUGUUGACAGGCUCAUAAUGGCUAAAUUUGGCUGAAUUCCGGGACUCAGCCUCUUUAGGUAAUAGGAGACAGAACAGUCUGUCCGGUUUACAGUCAAGUCGCCCAAAAUUUUAUCAUGCCCAGCAACAUCCUAACAUCUUAAUCGCCCUUGUUUCGUUUCAUCAAAUCUUCAAGAACAAGAUGUAUUACUCAUUUGCUUGUUUCAUUUCAUCAAGGCUAAAAGAAUGAGAUAUGAUACACAUUCAUCCCCCUUAUUUCGUCUAACCAUAGCAUCAUUGCUUGAAGAACGAGAUUUGAUUACACAAUUGGCCUGCUUGUUUUGUCUCAUGAGAUAUAUUACGUACACUCCUUACAAAAAUUUCGGGCUACUUUACUAAAAAUUUCUAGCAAUUUAACUUCGGGCGAUUUGACCGGUUACCGUCUGGGUUCCCCAUGUAAGGUUAUCCAUGGCAGUCUUGGAUGGUGGAUUCCAGAUUCCUUGUCAGUGGAAAAUUGGAUUCUGGAUUCCAUGUCAAUGGAACCUGGAUUCCGAAUUCCAAUCAUUAGCCGGAUUCUGGAUUCCUUGAGCUGGAUUCCGGAUUCCAAAGCCCAGGAUUCCGGAUUUCACAAUCAAAUACUUUCCAGAUAAAUUCCGGAAUCUGGAUUACCUUACGUAGCUGUUCCUGAAAGACGGACUUAAUAAUCUGAAAUACCUUUUUUCUAGACUGGUUGGAUUCCAGCUGGGGAUCACAUUCGCACAGAACGUGUUGUGGGUAAUGUGCACUCUGAAUUGAGGUCUCCUGAAGUAGAGGUGGAUUCAGAUUUAGCAAAGGUCGUCUUCAGCUGCUCAGUCCUGUGCAAUUUGACCGGAGUGCCAUCUAAACCCGUGAAAGGCGAGACUUUGGCUAAAAUAGAGAACUGCAAUCUCAUAUUUCAAGUGUGGAAGAAUGGUUCUCUGAAGGAUCAAGUAAACUGUACUCGUCCUAAAGGGAAGUAUAUUUAUCAACAUGAGAAGCGACGAGAUGGUAAUUAUGUCAUGCAUGUUUAUCCACUGGAGAAGGGAAGAUAUCAGUUCAGGUAACAGUUGAGACCUUUUCAGAGGAGUUCACGCUCAUAGUUGCAUCAUGGGUAAUCAGGGCAAGAUGGCGGGAAAUUCAAAGAUUUGUAUUGGAAUUCAAAGCCAGCUAAUCCUUCCUGAAUUCAUAUAUUUGAUGCUUUCUCUUUGAAAAGAGUAGCUUACGAGUUCAAAGAAACAAUACACUAAAUCUGGAGUGCAAAGAAUACUAUCGACUUUUCAAAGAGAAAGCAACAAUUGUAUGAAUUCAGGAAGAAUUAGCUGGCUAUGAAUUCCAAUACAAAUCUUUGGAUUUCCCGCCAUCUUGCCCUGAUUACCCAUGAUGCAGCUAUGAGCGUGAACUUCUCUAUUCUAAGACGAGGACAUUUCGAGAACGAGAUUUUCUCAAUACUAAGUAGUGCGCAGGCGUGAACCAGCGUCAUUUUGGAGGAAAAUCGUGAUAGCCAUCGUCACUCUACUACGAGUUUUGCCGUAGUGGCGGAAACAUGUUAUCAAAUGUUGGAAGUUGGAUCAAUAUUUGCGGUCGGGAGAGUGCUAAUAACUUUUGUGGUGAAAAAAGUACAAUUUUUGGAUUUUAAUACUACUGAAACCGAAAUGUUUAAGUUUAAGGGCCUUUCUUUUGGUUACAGAUGGACGUUCUACCAGCUAGACGACACUUUCUCUUCAGCAUUUGAAGCGAAGGUAUCCAACAUAAGCAUCCUUGGUGCAAAGUCUGGCGCGGCUCGCAACUGUACAGCAUGCCCACCUGGAUAUCAUAGCACACCAGACAACACUGACUGUAGAAUUUGUCCAAAUGGAACUAGCAGUUUAGCAGGUUCUUAUAAAUGCGCUCCUUGUCAAGGGCAGACUUUUGCCGCACAGGUAUACAGCUUCACGUUUGCUACAAGAGUCAGUGAGGGUUCAGUCACACACACUUUGUCGUUUUGUGGUUAUAGCUUCUAAACAAUGAACACUUUGUUAUGAGUUGUGAGUAAGCCGGUCAGUCAUUCAGUUAAUCAGUUAAUCAGUCAAUCACUUUAUCAGCCAACAGUCAGUGAGUCAUACAUGACUUUCAUAUAUUCAUAACUUCGUCAGUGAGUCAGUCAGUUAGUCAGUCUGUCAGGAAGGGAGACAGUCAGUUAGUCAUUUAAUUAGCCAACCAAGCAGUCAGUCAGUUAGACAGUCAGUCAGCUAGCCAGUCCGUCAUUCAGGUUAUUGGUCCCUCAGUCAGGCAGUCUGGUAUGAUGGUCAGGUAGUCAGUUAGUCAGCGAGCCAGCCAGCCAGCCAUUUAUUCAUUCCUGGCCAUAUGAAUGCUAGACAGUAAUCAAAUGGAAACAUGACCCCCCCUUAACGCAUCUGUCAUACACCAUGUAGUAACCUCACUUUGAAAUUAUUCUCGGAGAUCGAUUUACAUUGAGUUAUUUCUUGUGUCUUGAUGCCUGAGCUAGUGUUUUGUUUGUUUGUUUAGAAGGGUAGUGAAGAAUGCCUUCCUUGUGGAAGCAAUACAAAAGUUCUACCAAACAGAGAUAGCUGUGACACAAACGGAUGUAAAUUCAGUCCCGCACCUGGUGUAGAUUAUGACCUCUCUGCGCUUUCCCGUCCCGGCGGAUCAAUGAUUAAAGUCAAUUUACCAGGACUACACCCAUGGGGUCGAAGGUAAAUUCCUUUCCUUCCCUUAUCCUCUCACCCAGGGUAUUUAAGGGUUGUAUUUGUUACGACCAAGAGGGGGUCGGAAAAGUUGUGGAGGAAGGUGUCUGCAGUCAUUACUGCUAUUUGUGAUUGGCUCAAAGCCCUCAACUGAUUCUUCACAACCAACCGGCGUUGACCAAAUUUGGAAGAUGCGAGCAAUCGAUGGUAUAUUGGAAUGGAAACGAGGUUGAUCGAUGGAUACAUUUUCCUGGAAACGAGGCUGAAGGGGAAUAGACCAUUGAUCAACCUCGUUUCAAGGUGCGGCCGCCUAGCCGUUUAUUCACGAGUGAACUAAGGAACUUGCGUUCACGGCUAUGCAAAGACGAAAUAGCUCAAUUUCGAACCAGAGAUUUCGGAAAAAAAAAUCUGAACGAAAGAAAUGCAAGAGUACGCAAAACAUAUUGUUCGAUGGAUGUUAUGUACUUUUUGAGGAGUAUCUGCAAAAAAAAAAUGUUUGUAUCUCGAAACUGUACCGAGGAAUAGGCAAAACCUUAGAAGAAAGUCUUCGAGGAUAUAAGCUAAGAUCUUAGAAAUCUUUUGAAUGAAUAAUAAAACAAUUAUUGAAUUCGGCAUUCAUAUGAUGUGAGGAAUCAUGUUAUCCACCUCAGGGUAACAACCGGUUUCGCUACUUUUCGAAUUCUCUACGUCUUAGUUCGCAACAAAUUCGCUACAUAUUACUUUCUAUAAACCACUGAAAAUAUUCCCUUAGUCGCUUUAGAAAAAAAUCUUUUAAUGUAUUUCUUGCAGUUUCGGGCUUUGUUAUAGGCAGCGAGACGAAUAUGUACGUGGGCCUCGGCACACCCAAAGGACGAGACUCAAACGAACUCGAACGUAGCGAAGUUGUGAAGUAGCGAAACCGUUGUAAAGCCACCUCGGCCUUCAGCCUUGGUGGAGAACAGUCUCCUGGAUCUUCAUAAUAGACCCUCCCUCUGUUUAUUCAACUUUUGAUAUGCACCAGUUAAGGAAAACCGUCGAUACCACUGGAAAGAUUGCCUUGAAAUUAAUUUUAUUGCCAAUUUCAAAGUGAUACGUCUAAAGCGUUCGAAGAUGUAAUAGCUCCGCUAGAUUGUGAAAAUUUACGGAUGUUUGUAUGGUGGGGGGCAAGUUUGUGCCCCCACCCCUCUCCCCCGCCCCCCACCACACCAUACAGACGUCGGUAAAAUUUGGAUCAUUAUACCCUAACCCUAACCCUAACCCUAACCCUGGGAAAACUGCCCACCUACCCCUCCCCUAAGCCACAUUAACACUUACUUCUCACUUAGGGCAAAAUGUUGGCAUAGGGGAGGGGUAGGUGGGCAGUUUCCCAGAAACGUAUAAUCAUCCAAAUUUUACAAAAAUCCAAUUUUUUGUUACAAUUUCGCGAGUUUCGUGAGCUAUUUCUUCACUAGUUUUCACCAAAUCACUUUCAAACUUGGCAAUUUUAUUAAUUUUAGGGUGCUCUUUUCAGAGGUGUCGACGGAUUUUCCUUAACUUGUCCACGUCAAAACUUGAAAACUAUUGCUAAUUAUCAUCGUUUUCUUGUUAUUGCUUUCUUUCUUUUAGGUGGUUCAGCUAUGGCUAUAUAUAUUUUUACAGUUCAGAAUAUUAUUUCAACCUUUGCACCGUUGAUCAUGACAAUAGCUCGUGCACAUCUCGUGACUGGAUCAGCGGUAAAAGAGUUCCCCUUCCCGUGAUGGCUUGCAGUUCCUCUUGGUACAAUGACGUAAGCAUUGGGUCCGUGAUUGGCUACAAACGAAAACCGGAUAUCUGCUCUGGCUUGAUUGUGGAGUUGCUUCACGGUGACAAAUGUUUCUUUGGAGGUGAGUGCAGCCAACGAGUUGUUAACAAAUUGUAAGAAACAGUAACAGAUUGAAAAUUGAACAUAAUAGAGGAGAGAGGUCGUUACCUCAUGUUGCCAUGAUAGCAAAAUUUCUAGAUCUCAACAAACGGAAAAUUUGAAUUCGCACUGUUUUAAACUUCAUCGCUCUUAGUCAAUUUCAUUCGAUUUGUCAAAUGUUGGCGAAAUUUUCUCGGGUUGAAUCCUAAGUUUAGAAAAAGAAAAAGAAAAUUGUUGUCUUUUGUUCACGUAUUCCAUCAAGCGGGUGCCGUGAAAUUAGGAUUUUUCAUGUCGCAGUCGUGGAACGACGGCUGAGAAAUGUACCAAAAACAACGUGAUGUAUGUGCAAAGUUGUUGUUUUGCUAAUAUAAACAUAUUCCUUUUUUGCCAUUCUCGUUGCCGUCGCCGUCGUCCUUGCUUAAGCUCCCUAUUGUUGUGAUCCAGAAAUUUUGCUACCAUGGUAACGUGACAUUUCCCUCUCCUCUCCAUAGCAAAUGCUAACCACAAAUUAAAUGCAUUCGUCCUCCAUUACAAUCCCAUAAUGCAAUUCGAAACAACACGGACUUGGUCUAAGGCUAUGUUCACACGGUAUCGGACGAAUUUUUGACCGGCUGAAAAUUCGUGCGUUUAGUUUUUGGGUUCACACGGAACCACCAUAACCGUUUGAAAAUGUAGACGCCUAGCCGUUCAAGAUUUGAGGACGAGUACGAGAUUUAACUGAAAGUUUUUGCGCGUGGUCUCAAUAAAAGAAACCCCGGAAAGAUUGAUUUUCCCGCCAAAAUGACGCUGGUUCACGGGCGCGCACUACUCAGUAUUGGGAAAAUCUCGUAUUCGUAGUCGUCCUCGUCUCAGAAUCUAAAGCUCCCUGAUGUUUCGUGUGAGCAGAACGAAAAUCUUGAACUGUGUCAUGUGGACCAAUUGUGCGGUCGAAAUUUCGUCUGGUGUCACUGUGCGCGUAGCCUCAGUCGCCUCGGUCGCAACACAGGCGGCCCAAACUCACGUUACGAGGAAAGGGUUUAAAGUAAUUUACAUACCAUAGAUGACGCGUGAACGCGCCGCUGUCGCGUUACAGGCGACCGUUGAAAAUAAGAGACUUUGUGUAAGAAAUAUAAUACUGAGCCCUGCGAACUUUAAAUAACGUUAAAUCUAAGUUUUCCUUCAAUGAAAUGAAUAAAAAAGACUUACCUGCGAUGUAUUCCACUGUGUUUUGGUGUCUGCUUGUCGUUUUACUGUUUUGUUUUUGUUUUUUGGGGGGGCUUUAUUGCGUAGCCACUGUUACUCCCUUUCCUCGUAACGUGAGUUUAGGCCGCCUGUGGUUGGACUUGUAAAAGGCGCGAAAGGAGAGUGGACACCUUGACACGUGCUGUUGUCACGGUGACGAUCGCGACCAGUAAUACCUACGAGGAUCUAACGCGCUCUCUCAAACAAUAGGAAGCUUAAGCAACGGCGUCGUCGACGGCAACAAAAACGGCAAAAGCAAUAUAUUUAGGUUAGUAAAAGAACAAAUUUACCUGUGCAUCACGCUUUUUUGCCAUUUCACAUGUCUUUAUCGACAUUGCACAAUUCCAUAUUUCACGUUUUAUUGAACUUGGAUACAGUCCGUUGGAAUUCAAGUUUAAAGUAAGGUUUCCGCUGCCGUCGGUCGCAGUCGUAGUUGCUUAAGCUCCGCUAUACCGUGAUUGAAACUUCCUACCCAUCACCUCACCCGAACGGAACUGAAGGCGGACCUUAAGCGACACGCGUGCCAAAAAAAUAUUUAUCGUAGGACUUGAGCUAUGGUGUGUUUUUUGAUUCUGUCUGAAGGAAAGAGUGGCCGAUUCAAAACAACUAUUGACCUCAGAUGUGACGUCACAGCAGGAGUGGGUCAGCCAGUAAGAGAGAGCAACUUCUCUUUAGUUCAACAGGGCUGUGACGUUCAAUUUGUUUGGAAGUCCUUGUACGCAUGCCCGAAAUGCCAAGAACAAGACAUUACGCGGAUUAAGGGAGAAUGCAUAAACGGAACCCGGAACGUCACGGUACUGCGUUCUAUCCCAUGCUGGGCACCUGAUGAAUCCCCCGGCGCUAAUGUCACGACAGAAGAGUGUGUCACUCCAACUAAAUUUGUCACGGUUACAGUCACGGCUACUGUUCUGGCUUUUAGAGAAAAGGUAUCAAGCAAAGUAAACAAGAUUUUGAUUGGCGUGGGAGUAGUGAUGAUUGUACUUUUAUUGGGCGUGGCUUUGUUCUUUGUCUACAAGCAUCGCACGAUCAAGUAUCGGUACUUGAAUUGGAUGUCACGUAAUAAACCCAUGAGUCGCCUUCAACAAGAAGAUGACGAAGAUCACUUUAUCGAGGGUGACGAACUCGCUUACCCCUCGAAUGAUAAAGAUGAGCCAUUCCGAACCUGA